AUGUAUAAAUUAUUAAUAGUAGAAUUAUAUAGUUUUUCUUCUGUAUGUGUUGUAAACACGUGUCCCCUUUUCUUAUUUUUCACUUAUUUUUCUUUGGUAUCCAGGGACAGUCAGACUAGACAAAUUCAAGAUGCUGUUUCGAAUGUGGAAAAGCAUUUCGGUGAAUUGUGCCAAAUAUUUGCUGGGUAUGUUCGUAAAACUGCCAGACUACGAGACAAAGCAGAUAUUCUAGUAAAUGAAAUAUAUGCAUAUGCAGCUACAGAGACACCAAACUUAAGAGCUGGACUGAAAAACUUUGCAGAUGAAUUUUCCAGACUUCAGGAUUAUCGCCAGGCAGAGGUUGACAGGCUUGAAGCCAAAGUUGUUGAACCACUGAAAAGUUAUGGGACCAUAGUGAAACUUAAAAGGGAUGACCUUAAAGCAACUUUAACAGCAAAGCAUCGAGAAGCCAAGCAGUUCUCUCAGCUGGAGAAGACACGUCAACGGAAUCCAUCAGAUCGACACAUUAUUUCACAGGCUGAAAGUGAACUGCAGAGAGCUUCACUGGAUGCAACUCGAACAACUCGGCAAUUAGAGGAAACCAUUGAUAAUUUUGAGAAACAGAAAAUAAAGGACAUAAAAAAUAUAUUUUCUGAAUUUAUAACUAUUGAAAUGUUAUUCCAUGGGAAAGCUUUAGAGAUAUAUACUGCUGCCUACCAAAACAUCCAAAAUAUUGAUGAAAAUGAAGAUUUAGAGGUUUUUCGGACCUCGCUUCAUCCACCAGAUUAUCAGUCUCGCUUAGAGAUGGUUCGUGCAAAUUCCAAGUCCCCUCUGCAAACAGGCUCUAUAAAGUCCCCACUGAGGACAGUACAGAUUUCCAGCAGUAUGCUAAGAAAAGAAGAUGAUGAGGAGGAGGAGGAAGAUGAGGAAGAGGAAGAGGAAGAGGAAUUAGAAGCUAUACAGGAAGUGAGAUAA